AUGAAAAAGCCGGUGACAGUGCGCCUGCCAUUCUCGACAGAAUUAGAGGAAUCAUACGUAGUGAAACAGGGUGCUGAGUUAAAUUUGACGUGUGUUCCAGUGGAAUCGCCAAAUGUGACUGUGGAAUGGACCAGGAGCAAUGGAAGAUCUCUUGAUGACCUAGUUUUCCCAAAUGACACGAAUAUCCUUCAACUGAGAGAUAUCCAAAAGUCGGAAAAUUACUCGUGUUUGGCAGAGAGUAUAUUGUAUGGUCAUGUGAAUCGGACGAAAAUAAUCAUAGUCCAGGACUUUCCCAUUGCACCAGAGAACUUGAAUGUCAGUAAGGUGACAGGGUCCUCGCUGAGACUUGAUUGGUCCUACCCGACGUCCUACUUAGAGUGGAUUGGUGCUGGUGUCCAGCAUUUCACGAUCCGUAUCUACCCACGGAUUUUGGGAAACCCGCAUUUUGAGAUCUCCGGCAUCACUGAACGUCAUCACACCUUUCAACAGCUGAAUCAUAGUUUGGAGUAUAUGUUCUGUGUUCGAGCUGUGAAUCUCAUUGGAAACGGUUCUCUGUCCAAGUGUUCCAAUGCCAAAACCAAAGGACCA